AUGGCGGCACUGCCUGAGGCUCUACGGCGUAUGAAGUCAUCGGGACCUGUCAUUAACAUCGCAAUAUACGCUGACGACGUGGCCCUCUGGACUACCGCCCCGACUAAGGUAUACAGCAAGAUGCAACAAACCCUCCAGGACGGAUUGACUAUAGUUGUAGACGAGAUUUCUAGACUAGGCCUUACGCUUUCCGCCUCCAAAACAGCUGCCCUUCAAUACCAUCCAACGGCUAGAGCAUCGAUCAACAAAAUCUACACAAUUAACGGAACAGAUGUAGCACGUGUCCGAACGUACUCCUACCUGGGAUUUCUUCUGGAUGACCGCAUCUCCUGGAAGCCUGCAGUCAAGGCAACACUGAUCAGAUGUCGCCUCCACCUCAAUGCCGUUCGAAUGAUGAUGGGCAGCAGGUGGGGAACGUCUCAGGUCAUGAUGCUACAGUUAUACAGAGGCCUCAUUCUUUCGAGAUUAUUAUACGCCUUGCCGCUGAUUCACUUGAGCAAUGCACAGUCUGCAGCCAUUGAGACCCUGCAAAGGAUUGCACUUCGCUUCUGUCUGGGUUUACCGAGAUACUCCCCGAACAUUCCAACGCUGGUUGAAGCGAGGGUCAACCUUGUCGAGAACCACGGCAGAGAGCUGACACUUCGCCACAUCGCAAGGCAAACAUCCUGCCGGUCAACAGAGUCCCUCUUGAACCAUAUUCGAAGUUGUCCUCAAUCUCGCCUUGGAUCUCUCGCUAGAGACUUUGGAGGAAUUGUGGGCCCCUUAGAUAGAAUCUACCCGGCACCACCACCUUACGCCUCGCCGCUGAACAUCAGUGAAUCUAUUCCGGAACUCAGAAGCAAACGCUUCACAGCCCAAGUUGUCGCUCGGACCCUCGCAGAAUACCGAAUUGAGGUGGAUUUUCUAGGAUGGAUCCGUGUAUAUACCGACGGCUCGGUACUUCAUAGCCGCAAAUCAUCCACUGCAGUUUUUUUUAUACCGGAACUAAAAAUGGCCAAAUCAAGGAAACUGAGCUUUCACACUACAUCUACCACUGCCGAACUUGCCAACCUUUGGCUAGGCCUUGACAUCCUCGACAGUAUCCCUCACAGUGGAAAGGCAGUGUUCCUCACAGAUUCCAGAAUAGCUUUACAACUUCUCGGUAGCCUUGAAGACGCCCCACAAUAUGCCAGAUACAUUGGACACAUGGCAAGAAACCUAGAGUCUAAAGGAUGGCAUAUAGCAUACCAAUGGCUGCCAUCAGACGUCGGUAUCUCGGGCAAUGAGACAGCCGACCGUCUCGCUAAUGCAGCUCACCACAUUCAUGUACCAACACUUGUUAUACCAAAAAUGUAUGAGUCCAGACUUAUUAUUCACAAAGAAAUAGAGAAACUUCAUCCGGACACGCGCGUCUCUACAGGGAAGCCACCCGCACGCGUGCCUCCAAAGCUGUCCCGAGCCUCCGCUCCUCUACUGCACAGACUUCGCACUGGUAGUGCCUUUACUGCGAAAGCCCUUCACCGUAUGGACCCAACAAUAAACCCAAACUGUCCAUCCUGUGAUGUUCUCGAGGACCAGGACCAUCUCCUCUGGACCUGCCCUACUCUAGCGGACAAAAGAAAAUCGCUUCUCGACGGCCUGCGGCAAGCAGGCGUAGCAAGUGCUACAACACAGGACGUUCUUUUUCCCACAGGUUCUGCACGCGAUGUCUCGAGAACAUUCGCCGCACUUCUCAGGUUCUUGGAGGACACCAGUUUAUUUGACCGCCUCUAA